CAAGUGAAUUAUGUGAUGAUUUCUUUAAUUACAGGUCUAACUUCCAGCAAGGAAAUAAAAGCUGACAAGAUGUACAGUAAAGACACACUUUGUGAGAAGUUAAUAUAACCUGAUUUGCAAAAAUGUGGUGUUCAAAAAAAAAAGAUGCUCAGCCUCUGUAAAAUGACCCAUAGAUGUUAUAUACAUGUAUGUGAUAAAACAUUUACUCAACAAAGUUCCCUGAAAACACAUGAAAAUUCAUACUGGUGAGAAGAAUUAUGUAUGUAAAAUAUGUGAUAAAGACAUCUGACAGUUCAUACUGGCGAGAAAGAUCAUGUAUGUAAAAUUUGUGAUAAAGCAUUUUCUCAACAACAAUAUCUUACAAUACAUAUGGCAACACAUACUGGCGAGAAGAAUCAUAUAUGUAACAUAUGUGAUAAAGCAUUUUCUUAAGGAGCUCAUUUAAACAAGCAAAUGACAAUACAUACUGGCGAGAAAGAUCGUGUAUGUAAAAUUUGUUAUAAAGCAUUUUCUCAACAACAGUAUCUUACAAUACAUAUGGCAACACAUACUGGCGAGAAGAAUCAUAUAUGUAACAUAUGUGAUGAAGCAUUUUCUCAACAAGCUUCUUUGAACAAGCAUAUGACAAUACAUACUGGCGAGAAAAUACAUACAUUUAAAUGUAAAUUAUGUGAUAAAGAAUUUUCUUAUAAAAGUAGUUUGAUUAGACAUAUGACAAUACACACUAGUGAGAAGAAUCAUAAAUGUGGAAUAUGUGACGAAUCAUUUUUUCAACGAGGUGAUUUGAUCAGACAUAUGACAAGACACACUGGCCCGAAGAAUCAUAAAUGUGGAAUAUGUGACAAAACAUUUUCUCAACGAGGUAGUUUGAUCAGACAUAUGACAAUACAUACUGGUGAGAAGAAUCAUAUAUGUAACAUAUGUGAUAAAGCAUUUUCUCAAAGAGCUUCUUUGAACACGCAUAUGACAAUACAUACUGGCGAGAAAAUACAUACAUUUAAAUGUAAAUUAUGUUAUAAAGCAUUUUCUUAUCAAAGUAGUUUGAUCAGACAUAUGACAAUACAUACUGGUGAGAAGAAUCAUAUAUGUAACAUAUGUGAUAAAGCAUUUUCUCAACGAGGUUAUUUGAACAAGCAUAUGACAAUACAUAAUAGCGAGAAAAAUCAUGUAUGUAAAAUUUGUGAUAAAGCAUUUUCUCAAAAACGAUAUCUUACAAUACAUAUGACAAUACAUACUGGCGAGAAUAUACAUACAUUUAAAUGUAAAUCAUGUGAUAAAGCAUUUUCUUAUCAAAGUAGUUUGAUUAGACAUAUGACAAUACACACUAGCGAGAAGAAUCAUAAAUGUGGAAUAUGUGACAAAUCAUUUUUUCAACGAGGUGAUUUGAUCUCACAUAUGACAACACAUACUGGCGAGAAGAAUCAUAAAUGUAAAAUAUGUGUUAAGGCAUUUUCUCAACUAGGUACUUUGAACAGGCAUAUGACAAUACACACUGGCGAGAAGAAUCAUAAAUGUGGAAUAUGUGACAAAUCAUUUUUUCAAUAAGGUAAUUUGAUCACACAUAUGACAAUACGCACUGGCUAGAAGAAUCAUUAAUGUGGAAUAUGUGACAAAAGUCACAAAACAUUUUCUCAACGAGGUGCUUUGAUCAGACAUAUGGCAACACAUACUGGCGAGAAGAAUUAUUUAUGUUACAUUUGUGAUAAAGCAUUUUCUCAACGAGCUUCUUUGAACAAGCAUAUGACAAUACAUACUGGCGAGAAAAUACAUACAUUUAAAUGUAAAUUAUGUUAUAAAGCAUUUUCUUAUCAAAGUAGUUUGAUCAGACAUAUGACAAUACAUACUGGUGAGAAGAAUCAUAUAUGUAACAUAUGUGAUAAAGCAUUUUCUCAACGAGGUCAUUUGAACAAGCAUAUGACAAUACAUACUGGCGAGAAAAAUCAUGUAUGUAAAAUUUGUGAUAAAGCAUUUUCUCAAAAACGAUAUCUUACAAUACAUAUGACAAUACAUACUGGCGAGAAAAUACAUACAUUUAAAUGUAGAUUAUGUGAUAAAGCAUUUUCUUAUCAAAGUAGUUUGAUUAGACAUAUGACAAUACACACUAGCGAGAAGAAUCAUAAAUGUGGAAUAUGUGACAAAUCAUUUUUUCAACGAGGUGAUUUGAUCACACAUGUAUAUGACAACACGUACUGGCGAUUAGAAUCAUAUAUGUUACAUAUGUGAUAAAGCAUUUUCUCAACGAGGUUAAUUACUUUUCGUUAGUCAAUUUUUCACAGAGUUCUCCAAGAAAGUUUGCACUUCAAUGAUUACAGUCAGUCACGGAUUUAUAUUAUUAUAUUGUGUAAUAUAAAUCCAUGAGUCAGUUCAUAAAAACGAUUGUUACAUGUGUCAGUUUGGAAAUGAAAUAUUGGCCGAGCUUAGAUAAUAUCCCGGCUACUUGUGUUAUUAUACAUGGACUUGUAUAAAACUAUAAGGUAUAAAUUUUCAUUCUCAUACUUAAGAAUGUUAUUACAAUUAAAAAAGAGACUAUAUAAAACACAAGCGACUGUUCUGUGCCAUUGCUGUUCAUGUAUAAACCAUCCAAGACCAAAGUAUUUAAAUAGGAAUCAUCCCACAGUUAUUUGCCUUUCGUUGGCCACAAUCAUGAAGUAAAUCCGCAUAAAAGAGUUCCUGUGUUUAAUGCCAAAUAUUAAUGAAAAAUAGAACGAGUGAGAUUGGAAAAGGACAUUUUCUGACAGAGUUCAUUACAAAUAGCUGGUAAAUGUUCAUAUAAGUAACACGUGAUAUCGUGAAAAUGUUUUAACCUAAUAUGAAGUGAAUUUAGAUCUGGUCCUGCAGAUAAUAUUUUGUUUUUACACUUAAUAUUAAUUUUAGUUUAUGGUAAAUAUAUCGUCCAAAAAUGAAUAAA